CUCACUCUGGUUAGUGAGAUGUGUUUGCUGGUCUUUGACACAAGAGCAUGAGACAAUCAAGCCAAAUGUUGCCUCUGCGGGCGAUCCUCCUCGUGUCCCUGGCGAUGGUGGUGGUGUCCCCUGCAACGGCCGGAGUGACCGAGGACAAGUGCAAGUGCCUCAUGUGCGUCUGCGACGUGGAUCCGCACCCGCUCCCGCCGGCGGUGCCGGCGCGCCACCCGCCGCCGUCCGAGCCGGAGCCAAAACCGGAGCCUAAGCCCGAGCCCGAGCCGGAGCCGGAGCCGGAGCCAGAGCCAAUUCCGACGCCGAAGUACUACCCGCCGCCGACGGAGGCUGAGCCGAGGCCAGUGUACUACCCGCCGACGACGAAGCCUGAGCCGACGCCGGUGUACUACUACACUCCGCCGGCGGAGGCCGGGUACUACCUUACACCGCCGGCUGGGCAGUACGGGUACCCGUGGAGCAACACGUACGAGACGCCGGGGCAGUUGUACCCGCAGUACUACCCGUCCAGCGCCCACCGGAGCAUGUCCUCUCAGCUCCUCGCCUCCUUCGUCUUGGCAGCAGGGGUACUGUCACUGCUUACGUGCCGCGCCUAGAACUUGUUCUGCCGGCGAUCACGCACCGUUGCCAUGUAAUGCUGUAUUCCGCUGAUCAUGCUAUUUACUUCUGUUUUUUGCUUAAUUUUCAAUGCCAGUAUCUACUCCUGUUUUGCUUA